UUUUGAAUGUUUUGACAGUUUGCUUUCCGAGUUUCCGUUGUAUUUGUUGUUUGAAUCUAUGAAUUAUUGCGGCCGAGUUUAAUUAUUUAUUGUUAAAGCUAAAAACAUGGCAAAUAAAAGCGUUAACAAAAAGCAAAAGCUUCUUUUGCGUAAAGUCGAACUAAUGAACGAACUGAAAUACUACGAGGCGAGAAUCCAAGAUGCACUCGCCAGCCACAAGGGUUCCAGUUGCUAUGAAGACGACAGUUCAGACUCUGAGAUAGAGUUUACGAUCAAUGCUGGCAUCUCUAUAACGGAGUUGAGGCUCCAGAAAUCCCAGCUUCAGACUUGCUUGCGUGCAACGCAGGAACUUACCGGAGUCACUAUCCUACAGUCAGAAGUCAAUGUUUUAGUGAAUGCGCCUACUUUUGAAGGUGAAGCACCCAUAACUGAGGAGGGCUUGUGGAGGGAAGUGAUGGCCGAGUGCAAGAUAGACCUGGUGCCCUUCUCUGUCACCUUCUACACCCACCAGCCGGGUGGCCGCCCCGCCAGCUACCGCGGGCUCCACGUCAUGCCCAUUAAACUGGUGCACGAACGCGAGCUGGCCCGCUCCGUGCUGGCGACGCUCACGGCGCCCAGCGACGCGCUCGAGGUGCUGCACGGCUACGCGCAUGCGCACCGCGCGCGCCGCACGUCGCUGGCGCGGCUGGCCGACGCGUACGCACACGCACUGCACAUGGAGGCCUCGCCGGAGGGUGGUUACGUGCUCAAAUGCGCCGACCUGCUGCAAGCGUCGUGGACUUUACAGAACAAGUGGUCACCGGUCGCACCUUUCGUCCACAAAAUGUCCUUCGAACUUGAAUAUAUGGAUGAGUCAUACGUGAAAACAAUAACUCAAGCCCACAAGCAACUGUGUGACCCGUCAUUAGACACAGACGAUAGAACCCUCCUCCUCGCCAAAAUCAUAGACACGUGUCUAGAUGCGCGCAGACAAAUAGGUCCGUCUAACAUAGACUCGGACGUGGACAGCCAAAACUCAAAGAGACAAACUUCGGACCAAGAAAUGGAUAUGCCAGUUACUGCAUCUGAGAUAAUGGGCCCACCUAAAUCUUUUCCAAAGAAAACUAAACUUAAGGGCAAAGAAAAUAUCGCAGUGACCAAUGAAAGAAAGAAAGAAAAUGAUGCCAUUGGUAAAACAGAAGUAGCAACUAAAAAGGCUGAAAAGGGUGCGUUAAAUGCUAAUUCCAAAAACACGAUUGAUAAACAUAGUGACAAAAUCGAUAUUAGUGAAACUACUAACUUAAAAAACAGUAACAAAGAGGAAACAGCAAAGUUGCCUAAAACUAAAACUGAAAAUGUUAAUAAAGGUAAUAAAAAAACUAAAAAUAUCCAAAAAUCGAAGGAUAAUGAAAUUACUAAGACUACUGACGCCAUCAAAACAAAAGUUACCUUGCAAGCCAAAAGUAAUUCCGAGAGCACUAAAAACGAUGAUAAACCAACUGAAAAUAAUUCUGUCCCUGCCAAAAAUGAUAGUAAAAAUUUAGAGAUUACGGAAAAUAAAAAAAAUCCAGAAAAAAAGUUAAAAUCAAAAGAGAGAAAAGGUAACGUUGCAUCUCAAAUUAUAUCUACUGAAAAAGAAAACAACAAUGUUAACGUAGAGCAAGAAAAUGUUGCGAUGCAAAAUAAAAACAUACAGCCUAAAGCUUUGAAAAAUCGUAAAACUAAGCCUAGCGUAGAUGAAGAUGAACCGAAAAGCAAAAAGCCAAAAACUACAGUAGCAGAAACCAACAUUAACAUGGUGGAAAACUCAGUAAAUAUAAAAACAACUGACAUGGCAGCCCCCAAAAGUAAAGAAAAGAUUGUGAAAGAAAAACUAACAACAGAAAGCACUAAAAAUAUAGUUAAAGCUUCUAAACUUGCUAAAAAACCUGAGACAGUUACUACAAAUCAACAAGCUAAAACAUCAAAUGAAGGAAAUAAACAAAACGUAGAGAAAGACAAGCAAAUAGUUGAUAACAACCCUAAAAGUGCUAAGAAACAAAGUGACCAAACUGAAAUUAAUAAUGAUUUAAAAACAAAUAGAAAUAACAAAAACAUUCCAAACAAAGGAAGCACUUGUUCGCGCUGAGCACAACUCAGGACAGCUCCAAGAACUCCACCAGCAGUCUUCAGAAGCAGACCAACAUACCACGAUUCCUGAAAAAGCCAAACGUAAAGCUGAACUGAAUCUACAUUUAUAACGCUAAUUAUAACGGAUGCUAUUAACUAAGGAACAAUGACGUCAUUAGCGUAUUCCUGAUCCACCGAUGCAUGUCCAAUGCUGGACAUUGGAUCUUGUGGGAUACCAGCACUCUACGGUGUCCAGCGGCUCCCGGCUACCAACGCUCCCAGCGCCCAGCGAAACUUCAGAAAAUAAAAAUUCCCAAAUUCGUCCUUCCGGAAAUCGAACAUGGUACCUCAACAGGGCCACAGCGCUAAUCACUGUGCUAGGAAGGUCAUCGAAUUUAUAUAAUAUAUAAAUGUGUAUAAGUAACACAUAUGAAAUACAAAUUCAGAUUUUACUUUCAAUACAAAUUGCAUGGUUUUUGUUUGAGACGCCCGA